UCUAUCUCCAGUCUCUUUUACGCACCGAUUAUGCGCGCUGGUACAGGAACUCUGAUUGCUCCGCGUUUAGUCGCUGCACUGCGCUUUUAAUACCCUCCAUACGGACUAAUAUGAAACAAGUGGAUGUAGACGUCUGACAGAGCUCAGAGAGGAGGCAGGCGCAUUUCUUGUGGAUCAUUCUGCUGCUUUUCCCUUUUUUCCUCCCCUCCUUCUCUCUCGCUCUCUACCGGAGCGUCAGCAUGGAUGUCUUGGCGAACCACGGCAUCUUUCAGGAACUUCAGCUCGUCCACGACACCGGCUACUUCUCAGCCAUGCCAUCGCUGGAGGAGAACUGGCAGCAGACCUGCCUGGAGUUGGAACGUUAUCUGCAGACAGAGCCCAAGCGUCUCUCAGAGCUUUUUGACCAGGACCUGGACGGCCUCCUUACUCCGGCCUACAUGAAAGAGGAUGGUGAGGAAGACCUUUCAGAGGCCCUGUUUCCCGGCCUGCCAAGCCUCCCUGAACCUCCAAGCUCACCUCCAGUGACCCUGUGUCCAAUGAGACAAAACGUAACUGCAACAAAAGACCUCAAACCCAAAGGGCAGGGGCUGGAAAAUUCAGAAGGAACGGAAGGGGUCCACCAGGCCCAGCUGAGUGCUGUUACCUCUCUAACUCCCCCGUCUUCUCCGGAGCUGGGCCGGCACCUCGUUAAACCCAGCCAGACGCUGACAGCCUCCGCAGAUGGGACCCUCACCUUAAAGCUCGUGGCCAGGAAGGUUGGGCUCAGCGCAGCCCGACUAGUGGUUGGCCACACACUUCCAGUCCAGGUGAAGGACGAAGAGGAAGGGUCAGCAUGCCUGAUCGGGGUCGGAGAGCUACCAGAGAACAAGAAGAGGAUCCACCGCUGCCAGUUCAAUGGCUGCAGAAAGGUGUACACCAAGAGCUCCCACCUAAAAGCCCACCAGAGGACACAUACAGGUGAGAAGCCGUACAAGUGCUCAUGGGAGGGCUGCGAGUGGCGAUUCGCCAGGAGCGAUGAGCUGACGAGGCACUAUCGCAAACACACCGGUGCCAAGCCUUUUAAGUGCAACCACUGUGACAGGUGCUUCUCGCGGUCGGAUCACUUGGCGCUGCACAUGAAGAGGCACAUCUGAGGAGUUUGUAAGACGUCUACGGGAGUGGAAGAACGGGGAAGUGAAAGAAGGAGAUGGACUAUCAACAGCUGAAAAUGAAGAAGAAGGAGAGAGAUUAAUGGACUUGAAACGCACCAGAUUUAAUCAGAUAAAGGAGGACCAGAUAGGGGUCUGACCAUAUGCAGAAACCAACUACUCCAGAGUGGCUUUGUCAGUCUGAGCUCAAACCUUUUGGUCCAUUUAUAUGGAAUCACCAAUGCCAUUGGCAACAGCAUUUUAGUCCUGAAGGAUAGAAAUCCCACCCUUUGUAUGUGUUUUUAAAGGGGAUGGUAGAGGACAAGCGAUUAUAUCUGGCACUCUUCAUUGGCAGCUCAUUAUUUUCAUCAUCCCCGAGUGGUCCCUCAUUGACAACCAUCCAAAACAUUAAGCAGCAUUGUUCCACAAGACAAUUGUACAGUCACACUUUUUCAACAUUCCUGCUCUUCAGAAACUCACGGAUUCAGAAAAAACACAUCUUGAACUGUAGUCCGUUUUCAUUCUGUCAAACCUGCCACAGCCUUUAGAAUCACCUUGUAGUUUUUCGUCUGACAAGCUGGGCAACUCCCAAAUGGACCCAUUGACAUAUCCUGCUUUGAUGGCAUUGAAGCACUGGCUUCAACUGGUUGGAGUCCUCAAAGACUUAUAAACUGGAUCGUGUUGCACCGAUGUGUGGUCAUUUUGUUGCACUGACUUACUCCCAAGAUCAACAUCUACUGAAACAGACUUCUCUACUCUGGGAAUGUCAGAUUAAACUGAGCAUCUUGAGAGAUGUAAGGCAGCUUUCUAAGAGUGUGUUUCUUCUUGAGAUCUUAUCAGUUGUUGUCAAAAACAGUUGCACAAUUGACUCUUUCCAACUUUUUGUAAAAAAUGUUCCAACGUCCAAAUGAAACGCUGGCUUUCACAUGCCACUUGAGCACAAGUUCAAGCCGCUAGCCAACUGCGAUAGCACACCGAACACAAACAAGUUCACUAUGUAUUUAAAGGCUAUUUUGUUUCUAAGAAGAUCCUGUUACUUGUUUGACAAAGACUAUUUUAAAUAGACACCUAGCGAAGAACUCACAUGAAAUGGAUGCAGCCAAAAGGAAAGAAAAAACGGAUGCCUGAAAUGAUCUCUUUGAGCUUUGAGAGUGAUUGGCACCAAACUAGCCACUGGACUGAGACGAUCCAGCGCACAGCACACAUUCCUGCAGAAUUCUUCCAAUUAAGCAUCUCUCUGACUUGACUUCAAAUAAAAAAAAAUUUUUUUAAAUGCAUUGGACAGCUCUGUGAAUCUGGCUCUAUGUAUAUCUAGGACCAUUUCUGCUUACUUCCUCACUAGCAUGUAUGUCAGAAUGCUUACAUUUUCCCCCGCUAGACUGAGUCUUAGGAAGGCAUAUUCAAUCAAACAAUUGGGUCCUGUCAGAGAAAAUCAAUGUGAAUGUAUCUGUUGCAAUCCUGGCCAUUUUGCAAAACCCAUUAAAACACUUGAGAAUGGUGGGUGAGACCAUACUA